CACUGAGAGAGGGAGCAGAGAGCUAAUCCUGUGCGUUGAGGGAUGUCCAAGUCGUCAUCUGCGCUCAGUCCGUACAGCAUCAGCACCAGGCGCUGCGUGAGAAAGCAACCCAGUCGCAUCCCCGCCGAGCGCAACGCCGCGUGCGGUUCAUUCAAUCUGGACCGUCAGAUGGUCGGGCUGGCCGGAGCGCAAGAUGUGCUGUUUCUUUGUCCCCCUCUGUAACCCGGACUGUGCAAGUUAACGCUGGAAGGGACCAUUAGUAGUUCAGAGACCCGUGAACCAGCGAUGUCCAGCGCCCGAGAAGACACAUUUCAGCUUCACUGACUUGGAUUAUUGUCCUCGUAUCACCAUUUCGUAACGGAGAAGUAGACGACAGCGCGCGGAAGAAGUGCGCCGCGUCGUAAAGCGAGAGCAAAUUAUUUUUGUUUGUAACGUGUUAAUUCGGAUUGUUUCUUUUGAGGGAGGAGCGAGCGUAAACAACACUGGUUCGCUUUGUUUCCCAGACACGGACCCCGUGGAAGAUCAAAUCGACAUGUCUUGCAUUGCUGGAUUUGUAGAUGUACAAUAGCGCGUACCGUUAUUUCUCUAGUCCAUUCGCACGCUGCUUUCUUCUAACUCUGUAACUUAGAAAAGUGUUUUAAUAUCUUGGUUUUAUCGUCAAUGUUACUUUCCUGACAGACGCAUUGCACUCGGAUGUGGGUUUCUUUCGUGUCUUCUUCACGCGUUUGGUGCGCUUUUACGCGAAGGGCGUAUUUGAAUCCCGUCCGUCUCUUCUGGAGUGAAGAAAGACCCCUUUAAACCAUCGUUCCCUUAUUGCCCGGGUAUCUGGGCAUCGGUUUUGUGGAGUUACAGCGACCCACGUGGAAUCACGGACACUACGGAGGGCAAGAUGGGCUGUUGCAGUGGUAGAUGUACGCUGGCCUUUAUAUGUGGCAUGCAGUUGAUCAGCAUCUUGGAACGACAGAUAUUUGAUUUCCUCGGAUACCAGUGGGCUCCAAUACUCACAAACUUCAUCCACAUCAUCACGGUGAUUCUCGGCCUCUUUGGGACGGUACAGUUUAGGCCACGAUAUGUGACCGGGUAUGCCGUGUGGUUGGUGCUGUGGAUGACCUGGAACGUCUUUAUCAUCUGCUUCUAUCUGGAAGUGGGUGACCUUUUAAAGGACACAGACCUGAUUAUGACCUUUAACAUCUCCAUGCAUCGCUCCUGGUGGAUGGAGAACGGCCCAGGGUGCAGGGUGACCCCUGUGACCCCUCCUCCUUCUUGGGCCCCGGAGGACCAUCGCUACAUCAGCAUCGCCGGCUGUCUGCUAGAAUACCAGUAUGUGGAGGUGGCUCAGAGCUCCUUACAGAUUAUCCUGGCUCUGGCUGGGUUCAUCUAUGCCUGUUACGUUGUGAAGCUCAUUUCAGAAGAGGAAGACAGCUUUGACUUUAUAGGAGGGUUUGAUUCAUACGGUUACCAAGGGCCACAGAAGACAUCGCAUUUGCAACUACAACCAAUGUACAUGUCAAAAUAAAAGGACAACUGCCUUAUCAACCCGUCAAACCGAAGAACUUCGAACGCUCUGUCUCUCUACGUAAAUGUCUUAACAUGAUAGUGUCUUACGAACUGUCGGAGGAACACUGAACCGACGUUUGACCUCAAAAACUAAAGCAACAAAGUGGAUUUUCUUUGUCUAUGCCCAGCCCUUCGUCUGUCUCAGCACCAGAGCCAGGAGGUGCGAGAGUGCCCCCCUGUGGCCAUGUCUUCUCAGCAGACUUAUUGCGACCGUGAACAAUGCAAAGCGGUGCUGAGCACAGGAGCAGAUUGUGUUGAUGUCUGUGUAUUGUGCCAGACAUCAAAGCACUGCGGAAAUAAAAACUUGGAAUCGUGCAAUGGACCCGGGUGGAUUCAAGCGAUCCGUACUUAAAGAAUGUUCAUUAACCAGUUAGUAUGAUAUUAGUUAUCUGAUGUACUUCUGCAAUCUUCAAAUGGUGACUGGAGUGAAUUGUUGUGGUUGUUUACAAAGGGUUAUUCCAGCAGCGGGAUGGCCGUCACAUUCGGUUUUCUUAAGAUAAUUAUCUGCAACCCGAUUCGUUUUAAUUCUUCUGGAUGUACGUGCGUUGAAAGUGCCAAGACGAGUUACAAAAAAACGAGUAGCUGCUAAGAUUCUUAUUUUUUUGACAGUCAGAAAAAUAGCUAUGAUUUUAUCAGAUCAACGUCGACAUGGGAUCAACCGUACGUGUUUGCAUGAGGUGUCAAAAAUCUGUUGCGUAUUUAAUAUCUUUCAGCUAGAAAUAGACCGACCUUGGAAGGCUUGACAGUGGCGACUGUCCUUGCUCCAAAAGGUUGUUUGUGAAUAUCGUGUUUUUAAGAUGGUGUUGAGUCCUGUUAACAAGAUAACGAAUAGAAUACAGUUGUAACUUCUUUCUAUUUUAAGCCUUUUUUAACAUGUGUGCCACUGUUCACUGUUUUCUAGUAGACUAAUAAUUUAUUAAGCCAUGUGGGGGGGGCUUUUUGACAUAUGUGUACAUAUCGAGGGGGAAAAGUCUUUGGAGGGGGGUAGGGAUAGAGAUGCAUUAUUUCUAGUGAUGUGAGAAAGUUUGAUUUACUUUGGGUUGAGAUUUAGUUUCGUGUCGUACCAGGAGGUGAAACCCAGUAUCUCAACGCAAUUGAUGCCCAGCUUUCAGGCGAAAGGUUUAUGUUCCCCCGUACAAACUUUUACGAAAUAUACUAAAGCUAUUCAGGAAUUUCCGCUCUCUGAUUUAGCUGUGCUGUAUGGCUUCAUUUGUAACCUGCCUCCUGAAUGAAUAUCAUAAAGUUUCUUUGGUAACACUUUGCAAUAAAGUGCUGUUUGUUAACAAUUAGUUAAUGCAUUAGCUAAAAUGAACUAACAAAGAACAAUACUAAUACAGCAUUUAUUAAUGUUAGUUCAUGUUAAUUUCAGCAUUUACUAAUACAUAAUAAAAUCAAAUGUUGAUACUGUUAACAUUGGUUAAUGCACCAUGAAUUAACCUGAAUAACUGUUUUGACAUUAACUAACAUUAACAAGGAUUAAUAAAUACUGACAAACUAAAUUAUUCAUUGUUAGCUUAUGCAUUUACUAAUGUUAACUAUAGCACCUUAUUGUAAAGUGUUACCGUUUCUUCUUAUACCGCACUUUCAAUUGUCGAUUUCACAUAUCGUAGCCCUCGGAUGAAGCAUGAAAUGUCUUUAUUUUGGUCAAACUGCCUGAAAUGAUGAAAUAUGUAUUUCUACAUUGUAUGUUAACUUCUCUCUUAAACUCACAGUAAAUGUGUGCCGAAACUCGAAAUAUAUCUGCGGUUUGGAAUUCCCAGAGAGAAAGUGCCUGAAACAACAUCCUGUUAACAUUCCAGUAAAUGGCAAUCUGCUCUCAUUCAAGGCUGUAUAUAAACAAGGGUCUAACUGGGCUGUGUUUAAAUCAAUCCCCAUGUGAAUUACACUGGCAAGGCUAAAUGGCUUUGAUAAUUAAUAAAGAUAUUUUAGCCGCUACACUCUCCAGACCUGGCUGGCAAAUAAUUCCCUCACUGUAAAAAAUGAUUUGUUGUUUUUUGUUGUUUCAACUUAAAAAAUAAGUUACCUGGUUGCCUUAAAACUUUAAGUUA